UGGAAAAGUCCCAGUUCUCCCAGUGGGCUCUCUGUGCGGUGACGCUGCGGGUUCCCACGCUGCCGACGGGCCGUGAAGGCGGCGCGAGCGGAGCAGGAGGCAGGCGGCGGCGCGAGCCGAGCGAGCUAACUGUCAGUUAAUGACCGGACCAAUCAGAUGGAGCGUGGAGCCGGAGGCCACGCCCACAGACAGCGACAGCCGUCCUCAUUGGCCACGGUAGCCGAGGGGCGGUCUCACAUGGCAGAGACACAGAUGGACGCGGCGCGAUUGGACGAGCUCUCUCCGUGGGCGGAGCUUGGCGAAGACGGUGAGAAGAACAGACCAAUAGGGAGACGAGGAGGAGGAGGAGGAGGAGGAGAGGAGGAUGAAGGAGGCGCAGCGAGGACGAGGAGGGUGGAGGAGGGGCGAGGAAGUCGUCAGCAGGAAGCUCCUGACGGGAAGCGGCUGCCGGUCAAUGGAGACGCCAACGAGCAGGAAGUGACGCCGCCGUGGGGGGCGGAGCCAAAGGCGAAGGAGGUGGUGGAGAGCGGAUCUGAAGAUCUGGCAGGAGGAGGGGAGGGAGUCCUCCCCAGGAUGAAGCGGUGUGUGAUCGUCAUCGCUCGCCACAGCCAACAGGAAGUGCUCAACCUGACUGCGAGGAGGGAGGAGGAGGAGGAGGGGGGAGGAGGAAGCGAGGCAGCUGAUUGGAUGGAGCCGUUGGACCUGGACGACGGCGACGACAGACGUCCAGUCAGGCGGUUCGUGAAGAAACUUCAGGUUAAAUAUCAGGGCGAAGCUGCAGACUCCGCCCCCAACGGGAAACGCCGCGGAGGGAGGCGGGGCCACAGGAGGAAGUCACUACACAAACACAACAACAAUGACAACAACAGCAACGACAACAACGACAACAACGACAACAGCCUCCUCAGCCAAUCAGACUUCACAGACCACAACUACACCAAGACUCUGCUGCUCCAGGACGGCGACGCCUUCGCCGCCGCGCCGCCAGCCGGCAGCCAAUCAGAGGAGGCCAAGCCUGUGGUGAGCUCAGAUCAGGUUUCCUCCAGUCCCUGCUACCGCUAUGAGCCCAACCCUGCUGAGGCCUGCUCCUCCUUCUGCUCAGCCGACACACAGAAACCUACCAGCAUCGUGUUCAGGAAGGUGGGGGAUGACAGCUGGGUGCUGGGGAGGUCAGAGGUCAAACAGGAAGAAGGAGGCAGCGUCAUGGACACCAGGCAGGGACUCCAGAAGAAGGAGGAGCCCCUGCUGCCCUGCCCACUGUGGGAGAGCCCGCCUCCUAAGGCCAGGCGGAGGCGUACGUGCUGCGGGGGCUGCGAGGCGUGUCUCAGAAAGGAUUGUGGGAAAUGUGACCACUGCCUGGACAAGACCAAGUUCGGCGGUCAGAACACCAAGAAGCAGAAGUGUCGCCUGCGCACCUGCCAGGUGCUGGAGCCCAAGAAGCUCAAGUCCAAACGGAGACGAGCAGACCGUCCUGAGGAUGGGGAAGACACGGUUACCACGGCAACCCCAAAGAGAAGCAGCCGCCUGAAGAAACGCUUGGAGGAGGAGGAGGUGAGGAGGAGGAUGAAGAUGGAGAGGAGGGACGGCGCUGAUGAUGAUGAUGAUGAUGAUGAUGUGUGGCCUCGGCUGAAGGAGGAAGAGGAGGAGGAGCCUCAGUCUGCUCAGGAGGAGGAGCCUCAGCUGCACCUGACCGCCGCCCUCGCCUGCCCUCCUCCUCUUCCUCCUCCACUCCUGUGCCCCAAACAGGAGGAGGCGGAGCUUCAGAUCGACGACAGCAGGGGAGCAGGGGGCGGGGCCUGGCAUGGGGAGGCGGAGCAGAGGGAGGAGCGGCAGCACUACGACAUCGAAGUGGAGCUGCCAGAGUCCGACUGUGAUGAGGCCACGCCCACGACUCCUGAUGACAUCAUAGAGGGCGGGGAAGACCUGACACUGGACGACAAUGAUGAUGAUGAUGAUGAUGAUGAUGAUGAUGAUGUCACACUGGAGGACCUCCCCUCGGUCCCUGACGUGUACAGUCUGCCGUCGGGGGGCGGGGUCAGCUGUGAGGAUGCAGGUGGGCGGGGCUUGUUGCGGCUGCUGCGGGCGGCGAGGAGCUCGGUGCUGCCGGCUCACUGGCUCUCCUCCAUGUGCCACACCAUCGUGCACGUGCAGCUCGGCCUCUUCUACCACGUCACCGUGCACGGCCGUGCACUGCCACACACACACACACUGUACAGCACACACACCGCCCGGCUGAGAGAGCUGAGCCAGCUGGUGUCUCUGCUGUUGGACCUGGAGAGCCUCGUCGUGUGUCGGGGCUCGCAGGUUCGAGUCCCGGCGCGGCCCCUGCAGCGGCGGGUCACCUCCCGGCGGGUCACGCCCCAGCGGGUCACCUCCCGGCGGGUCACGCCCCGGCGGGUCACGCCCCGGCGGGUCACGCCCCGGCGGGUCACGCCCCGGCGGGCCACGCCCCGGCGGGCCACGUCCCGGCGGGUCACGUCCCGGCGGGUCACCUCCCGGCGGGCCACGUCCCGGCGGGUCACGUCCCGGCGGGUCACCUCCCGGCGGGUCACGCCCCCCGUGCCGUCAGGCUAUUAUGACCCCACUCCCCCGGUGGCCCCGACAGGCCGUCCGGACCCAGAGCCAGUCUGA